AUGGGGGAGGGACACUCAAAGCAUACCCUCAACUACGGUUGCCUGAGCGAAGAGGAUGUAGAAAAAAUACGAAAAAAAUUUAACCUAAACAAAAAGGAAAUAAAUGAGCGGGUCAGAACCUUAGAUUUUAUAUACGUGUAUCCUCACAUCUUAAGACCCUACAUUGCCCUUGUACUUCCCUCCUUCCAUGAAGUGUUGAGAAAAACAAACAGGACAAGUGAAAACGCAAUGAAUAAUUAUGGAUUGAAUUAUGCCCUAAAUAUCCUUUUCAACAAGAACAGUAAAAAAGUAAAGAAUGAAAUAUCCCUGCAGGAUAUUAUAAAUAUACUGUCCUAUAUUCGUACCGUCAAAGGUAGAAUUCUUGUGAGGAUAUUAUUCAGGACCUUUUUAAAGUACACCAUAUCCAAGUGCAAGAACCGGAAUAUCAAUUGCAAUAUCCAGUCCAGCAAAUUGAAAAACGUGGAAGAGAACGAAGAGGGAUAUAAUGAUAACAGCAUGGAGAUGGUCUCCCUGAAGGAGGAUGACAAUAAAAGUGAACCCAAAGGGGACACACACUCUUGCGCGUUUAAAAGCAGCAGGGGGGAAGAACCUAGUGAAGGAAUUUGUACAAAUGAGGAUGUGACUCAUGAGGACGAGGGGGUAGACCAUGAUGAGGAGGGAGAUCCCCAGGGAGAAGGGAGUGCUGCCUACAUGGGCAAUAAUCGUCCAAAUGAGGAAAAAGAUCCCGACGUGGAUACCGAUGAUGAGGACACCCCGGGGGAUGGAGAUUCUGUUCGACAAGACCGCAACUCCUUUGAGUUUUUCUUCUCAGACUCAAAUGUAAACAUAAUAAAUAAAAAUAAAAAGAAAGAAAGAAAUUACAAAUUUAUCAAAGAUAAUAUAUUUUUUCUGGACAAACAUAAACUAAAAAAUCAGUACCCAAGAAACUACAUCAUGAAGGAUUUAAUAUCUGUGGAGGAAGCCAUGUACCACCUGUUUACCUACAUUUAUAUUGAGCAACUCUACAUACUAUGCUCAAAUAGUGCCCUUUUUAAGCUAACAAAUAGGAACCCCGUGCCUGAAAAUGAAAACAAUUUUCUAAGGCAUUCAGCAACCAGUGCUUAUGAUGAUAUAGGAGCCCUGAAGAGAAAAAACAGUUGGGACGUGGCCUAUUUCUUUAACGAAAUGUUUUAUUCCCUUGAGGCAAAUUUAGAUUUUCGAAAUAUUAUCACUGGAUUUAGGCUUUUUGUAAACUCUAUAGAUAAUAACAAACACUCCAUAUAUUCUCUAGCCAUUGAAUACAUCAGCUCGACCUUCACAGUGUUGAGUGAAAAUUAUGCCAACGCAACGUUUAAGCAUUUCAUGGACAGUGAAAAUGUCUUGUCAGGCGAGUCAGAAGGGAAGAAGGGGGAUGGCAUAAACGGAGAAAACGGGACAAAUGAUGAUAAGAGAGAAGACGAAUUCGAAAAUUUAAACGACAUGUGUAUUAACAGCAUAGAACUCAUACACACUAUAUAUACGAACAUGAAAAAGAGGGAAAUAAAAAAAAAACAAGAAAUAAAUGAACAAGAUGAAGAAAGGAACAAGCUGCUUGAAGACAAGUACGGAAAGUCAUCAUCCAUAGUGGAAAUACAAAAAGCAACAAAUGAUUGGAGAGGAUUAUUUUUAAACAAAACAAGUAAAAUAUUAACAGACGAAAUUGUUUUCACGUUGCGACAGUGCUCUCCAUGUUUCAUUAACAACUUAUGGUUUAGGCUCUAUGCCUCAUGGAAACAAGGCACAAGUUUCAAUCGAUUUAUUAGCUCCCUUUUCUAUUAUGAGUCCCCAAUUGUUAUUGUAAUCAGGACAAAGGAUAAUCAAAUUUUGGGUGCCGUCUGCACUACCCCCUUGAAGGAUUCUCACCUCUUCCAGGGUUCAUGCAAUGAUUUUUUAUUUUCAGCUCAUCCCGUUUUUAGAGUUAUAAGAUCAAAUCAGUUUGGCACAAAUUACGUCUACUUGAAUAGUAAGAACUCUUUUUAUCCAAAGGGCCUAGGAUUUGGAGGAAGAACUGAGUGCUUCCGAUUAUUUCUGAGUGACGAAUUUAAGGACUCCUACUGUACUCAGUCAGAUUACACAUAUAAAAGUGGCCACCUGUACUUCCCCCAUUACCAGAAGGAUAGGCGUGCCGGCCGAAAGGGUAAUAACAAGCAGAGUAGUAAUAACAACGCUACCUCCUACUCUAGUAGUAUCAAUUCUCGAAACGUCAAUCACACACGUUCGGCAUAUGAAGACGAGGAUGAUGACGACGAUGAUAAUGCUGACCGAUUCCUUUACAAACUGUCCAUCCAUGAGGUGGAAGCUUGGGGAUGCGGUGAUGAGAAGACACUCGAACAACAGACCAUCAUGCAGCAGAAGGAAGAGGCAUCUAAACAGGAGAGGUCAACCGAUAAAUCUAAAAUUGUACAGAACAGUUUCGACAAGGAGUUUCUGCUGCCCAAGGUUUUCGUUGGGGGCAAGUACGAGGAGUUGUCCCCGGAUAAGUAG